AUGGCUUCUGCUGCUUCUUCCUCUCCAGCAUUUCUCUCGGAGGUUCCAUUAAUAGACCUUUCUUCACCAGAUGCUAAACAACUCAUUGUUAAAGCCUGUGAAGAACUUGGUUUUUUCAAAGUCGUCAACCAUGGCGUUCCUAUGGAAUUUAUCUCCACUCUCGAAUCAGAAUCCACUAAUUUCUUCUCCCUUCCCCUCUCUGAAAAACAAAAAGCUGCUCCUCCUUCCCCUUUUGGCUAUGGCAACAAACAAAUUGGCCGCAAUGGCGACGUGGGCUGGGUCGAAUACAUUCUCUUAAACACACACCUAGAAUCCAACUCCGAUGGGUUUCUCUCCAUUUUUGGCCAAGACCCACAAAAACUCCGCUCUGCUGUGAACAAUUACAUAUCAGCUGUGAGGAAUAUGGCGUGUGAAAUCCUUGAGUUAAUGGCGGAAGGAUUGAAGAUUCAGCAGAGGAAUGUGUUCAGUAAACUGGUGAUGGAUGAAGAGAGUGACUCUGUUUUUAGGGUGAACCAUUAUCCGCCAUGUCCACAGAUUCAAGCCUUGAAAGGGAUGAACAUGAUUGGAUUUGGAGAACAUACAGACCCACAGAUUAUAUCGGUCUUAAGAUCAAAUAAUACUUCUGGACUUCAAAUUUCUCUUGCUGAUGGGAAUUGGAUUUCUGUUCCUCCUGAUCAAAACUCUUUUUUCAUCAAUGUUGGUGACUCUUUACAGGUGAUGACUAAUGGAAGAUUCAAAAGUGUUAAGCAUAGGGUAUUGACAAACAGCUUGAAGUCAAGAAUUUCAAUGAUAUAUUUUGGUGGGCCACCGUUAAGUGAAAAAAUAGCUCCUUUGCCUUCACUUAUGAAAGGAGAAGAAAGAAGUUUGUACAAAGAGUUUACUUGGUUUGAGUACAAAAGAUCAGCUUACAACUCCAGGUUGGCAGAUAACAGGCUUGUUCACUUUGAAAGAAUUGCAGCCUCAUAA